CUCCCCUUUCUAAAAGGAGAGAGUGAUCUUGCCCAGCAACAACCAGCAGCGAGAAGACCUGCGGCAUCCUUGCAUGGACGCAUAAGCGGAGGAGAAGAGGAAGAGCAGAAGCGAGACGCGACGGCCUUUCUCAAUUCUCACUUCCGGACUUCCUUCCGCCGGCGCCCCCAAUCCACCAUUUGCGCGACCCGGGGUUGACUCGGCUCGCCAAGUCGCUAGUCUCGCUGCCGCCGGGGCCCCACACGCCAGCGGCCGGCAGCUGAGCAGAGCGCUCUCUCCUCCCCUUCCGGCUCCGGCUGUGAGUGUGCGGUGCGACCCGGGUCGGUCGGUCGGACUCGGGUCGGGUUCGGGUCCGGGUUCGGCGCGGAUGGUCGGUGGCGGCGGUGGCUCGGCUGCGCGCAACCCUAACCCGCUGCUGCUCCCGCUGCGAACCCUAGCCGGGGGGUGGUAUAUUAGAUGCCGGGGGGUGUCGGCGGCGGCGAGGGUUCGGGCGGGGGCAUCGAUUUCGCGGCGUUGAUCCAGGCGGCGGUCGUCGGGUUCGUGCUCUUCACAGCCGCCGUCGCCGCCGUGCGCCGGGCCGCGUCGCGCUACUUCGUCGUCGACGCCGCGGGGUUCGCUUCCGCGUACGACGAUCACCACAGCAGCAGCGGCGCGCUCGCGUACCCGAUGCCGCCCCAGGAGAACCACCACCACCAGCAGCAGCAGCAGCCCAUGGCGCAGGGGCAGGGCCAGGCGGCCGCUGGCGGCGGCGGCGGGGAGACGGCGCCCUGCGCCGAGUGCGGCCGCGCCAGCAUCAAGAGGUGCUCCGGGUGCAAGCGUAUGCGGUACUGUUCUGGAGAAUGCCAGUCGAAGCAUUGGCAAUCUGAUCACAAAUUCAAGUGCAAACAAAUGAAACUAGAUUCUGUUGACAAGUUACCCUGUGGAGGUGAGGCAAGCAGUAAGAAGUCGUCUGUCUUUGGUCGUAUCUCGUUAGUGCCUGGCCACCGAAAGUUAAACAAGGUUAUCUUUCCUUAUGAUGAGUUUUUAAAGCUGUACAAUUGGAGGGACCAUGAUUUUUUACCUUGUGGGCUUGUGAAUUGUGGCAACAGUUGCUUUGCCAAUGUGGUUUUGCAAUGUCUUUCAUGCACAAGGCCACUUGUGGCAUAUCUGUUAUGGAAGGACCAUGCAAGGGAAUGUUCUAGAAGACACGAAGAUUGGUGUUUCUUAUGUGAGCUGCAAUCUCAUAUUCAAAAAGCGACUGAUAGUUUACACCCAUUUGCUCCCAUGAAGAUUCUUUCUCAUUUACCAAAUAUUGGUGGCAACCUUGGCUUUGGUAAACAGGAGGAUGCUCAUGAAUUCAUGAGGUUCGCAAUAGAUAAGAUGCAGUCCGCUUGCCUUGAUGAAUUUGGAGGUGAGAAGGUUGUAGAUCUUAGCAUCCAGGAGACAACUAUUAUUCAGCACAUAUUUGGCGGUCGUCUGAGAUCUCAGGUUCAGUGUACUGCCUGUGGAAUGGUCUCAAACCGCUAUGAGAAUAUGAUGGACUUGACAGUUGAGAUUCAUGGUGACGCUGAAUCCUUGGAAGAAUGCUUAAAUCAGUUCACUGCUGUAGAGUGGCUUGAUGGGGACAAUAAAUACAGAUGUGAUGGAUGCAGCGACUAUGUGAAAGCACAGAAGCAUCUUACAGUUCAUCAAGCUCCAAAUAUACUCACUAUUACUCUCAAAAGAUUCCAGGUUAGGAGUGGUAGAUAUGGAAAAUUGAACAAGAGAGUUACAUUCCCUACGAAGUUAGAUCUAACUCGAUACAUGAGUACCACUGAUGGAAGUGACCAGUAUGAUCUCUAUGCUGUCGUUGUUCAUCUAGAUAUGAUGAAUGCUUCAUACUUUGGGCAUUAUAUAUGCUACAUAAAAGAUUUUCGAGGACGUUGGCGUAAAGUUGAUGACUGCAAGGUGAUGAUUGUUGACGAGGAGGAAGUACAUGCCCAAGGUGCUUAUAUGCUUCUAUAUAGCAGGAGAACAGCUCGUCCUGGACCACUUCUUACCGUCAAAGAACCCAUUAAACAGGAGAAACAAUGUGGAGUGCCUCCUUCAGAUGGGCAAAAUCAUUUGUUACCAAUGGAUGUUACAUUAAAAUGUGAAUCACUUUUGAAACCUUUGGAAGAUCUACGAGAAGAUUCUGAAUCCACCAAUGAAUCUUUGCAUAAAAUGAGCAUCGACCAGGAGUCAGACAUGGAUUUGCAUAUAAACAUCGAGAGAGAUAAAUUCAUUACCAAUCAAAGUCUACAUUUGCCAGUUUCAUCGGCAUCACAUGUCCUGGAAGAAGCUACUAGAGGCCCAGGUUCUCUGUUGGAAGACAAUGCUACAAUGAGACCUGACCAAUUUGGCAACUCCGCAUGUGAAUCAUCUUCAGUUCAUUCCUCUGAAGAGGAAAGUAAAGAACCUGCUCCAGAAGCUGACUAUAUGGAUAUCGAUUUUGAAGCUGGAGCAGAAGUUGAAAGACGGAAUGUGCAAGAACAAUCUGUCACAGUGUCAAGUGAUUCAGCUGGAGUGAUAGGCAACAAAACAUUAGUCCCGACCUUUGAAAAUGGGACGGCCAGAAAACCAAAACCUCUAUUUUCUCCUGGUUUCCUUGACAAGCCCUCAAGAAAGAAGUCUUCCUUUCUGGGAAAAAUUCAAAAUGGUGGCAGCAUAGCUGUUGCUUCCCAAACAACAAAUGGUCAUUGGAACGAACGCCUCAGCAGACCAGAGCAAGGACAUAUUGCCAACUCCGGUGGUCAACUUACAUCCUCUGCAACUGGAAGUGUACAUUGUAAUGGAGAUAUGUUUGCAACUGCUAGCAAUGGAGUUCUUUUCAAUGGCGAUACACGAUCUGGCAAUCACUCCUUGCAUGCAGCGAAGAGAGAUGCACCUUCUGUUAAUGGUUUUAAUCCAAGGCCUCACCGAUCACCAUCAAGCAGCAACCCAAAUCGGAAUAAUACAAGCAACAGUGAACCAUUCUUACAACGAGGCUUCCUUGAAAGGCCUUGUUCUAGAGAGAAAUCAGUCAAAGGAGAUGAUGGUUUGUCCUGUAGUAAUGCCACAUCAUCAUCCUCUGCAAAUGGCAACAACAUAUCAAAUAGUAAUAUUUCAUCUGGAAGCAGCAAAGGUGGCAUUGGCAUGUCUCCUGGUUUGCUUACAAAGCGUUGCAGGGAGUCCGCAGCCAUGGGCUCCACUGCAAGCUUUAUGCAUGAUCCGCUAACCGGCAACAUCUCCAAGGAGCAAGAUCUUGUUGGCGACGCAGCACUGCCAGACCAGGUACAAGAAAAUGGCAUUGAUGUAAGUGUUCAUGGUGAUGAGAACGGAUAUGCAGCUCUUGGCACCAAUAAUGCGAGCUACGGAGAAGAAAUUUGCUGUAGUGGCACCAAGAAUGCGAGCUAUGGAGAAGAAAGUUGCUGUAACGGAGCUGUUGAUAUGCAUAGCAGCAGUUGCCAAAGGGAUGAUGCACCUGCCUUGUUAGUCGCUGAGAAUGGCGUGGCAUCUGAAAAUGCUGACCACCUCAAGUCCAUAUCUCCCACACUCGGACAUGACGGUUUACGACGAAGAUUAACCUCCAAAUACUUUGAACAGAAUAGCGUUGAUGCCCAAUGAAAGCGUGAGCUUUAAGCAUAGCUGGUGAGAACACAUGCAAAAUUGAUGAUAGUACUCAUGAAAGGAUGCACUCAUGUGGGGGCUGAAGGUACAAACUGAAGAGCUAUAGGCUAGGAAGUAGAAGAAUGUUGGCUCUCUUGUUGGUUACCUGCCAUGAUUGGAUUGAUUACUUUGCCAUUGCAAAAUUGAUGAUAGUAGUUUUGCCCCUCCCUUGUUCCCCCACGUCGCUCCCACUCGUCAGUGGGGUGGAGGGGUGUCUCUGGGCUUCCACACAAUUUGCAGAAGCUCAGAUGCUCCCCUGAUGCCAUGUCUCUUUUAUUGCCAUUAGUUACAUAGCAGAAUGUAGUCUUACUUUUUUUUCUUUCUCCUUUGCUGAUCCAAGCUUGAAUAAACACGAACUACUGCUGACUUGCUUUGUCAUGGAAGCUGAAUCAAUUGUAGAGUGGUUAGAGGAAAAAUUCAGUUGGCCUUCUCCGUCUUUA